AUGGCCGAGCUGAGCCCCCAUAAUGUGGUGAUCAACGACCAGUCGGUGGACGAGUCAAAGUCCGCCGGCGUAAAUGCAUCUCACCAAGACAACGAGUCCGCCGUCACUGGCCACCAACCCGAAAGCACUCAGCACCAACUUCCACCACCACACGACUCCUCCGACACGCCUUCGGUAGAUCAGAACACUUCCCAAGAUCAUGCCCAUCUCAACGGCACAAUCAACAGAGAUAUCGACAAUGCGACUCCCGACCUUCAAGGCUCCGACACAGACUCCAGCCGGCCAGACGCUUCCAAGGUCGCUCGUUCUAGUUCGGUCAAGAAGCCUCUGUCAUUCAAGCCUGUUUCUAUCACAAAAUCUUUCCUAGCGAAGACGGCCACAACUCCUGGAAAUACCCCUCCUCCAGUCAAGGUUGCCGAAAAGCCAUCUCCUCAGAUGUCUACACUACAACUGAAUGCGAAGCCCCGUCUGAUUGCGAAAACUGGUACCGGCGGAUUGCGUGAUGUUCCCCGUGCUCGCUCUGGCGAUGGCACGAGCACUCCGAAUGGUAGGACUGUGUGGAACAAGAACCAGCCCGCUCCGCCUGCUCCAGCCAAGCAUUACACGGACGAAGAACUUAAACAAAAGUAUGGAAUUCACCUGGCCACACGAUUGGAAUCCGAGGAAGCGACCGAACAGAAGGCAAAAUGGGCCGACAUCGACGAAGACGAGGAAGAGUGGACUCCUGAGACGGUCGAAUGGAUGGAUGGAACCAAAACAACUAUUAGUCAUGCGGAUACCGCCCCUCCUCAACCACAGGACAAACCUGCAGACAAAUCGCAGGAAGAGCUGCCACCGAUCACCAGCACUCCUACUCCAUCUGCUGCCCCGAUCAAGCCCGCGAUGACUGCGCUGAAGCGCACAAACCUCGCCCCUCAAUCGCGCACCAUUCUGAGACCUGGAGCUGCACAACAAGCCAAGCAGAUUGGCGCCGAUGGAAAGGCUACUCCCGACAACAAAUCUCCUAUGCUGAAGAACACGGCACCUGCGCCUAUCAAAUCGCCUUGGGCACCUCUUCCUCCGGUCGAGAAGACUUCUCCAAUCACAGUCAAUCCUCCUCCACCCGCACAGGCUCCUAGGUUCGCACACAGAGACGUCCAUGGAUUUGACGCCUUGACCCAACCAUUGCCUGCACGCGAGAUGGCUACCGAUACGUUUGACCGUUCGUGGAAGGAAGGCGAGAGAACGCAUAGAGAACUCUUCAAUUCGCAGUCAGGUCGUUAUGAGCCAGCCCCUGAACAUCGUAGGGGCUCGCGACAGCACGAUCAAUAUCAGAGGCAACCCGCAGUCUUGCAACGACCCAUCCCUGGAUCUGGUCCUGCAGAACCCUCGGCUGCUUUCCAAGCCCGUACAAAUUCUCAGGCGGACGCAGGUCCUUGGGGACGCAGAAGAGGCUCAAGCAUUAGUGGAAAUAUGCUUCGCGACAGACGCAUGUCUAGUUCUAGCAAGGUCUUUGAUCCAGCUGACCCGUCUUCUGAAGUGGUACCCGAAGCCAAGGCAGAGCUCCAACCACCUGUCCAAUCUUCUGAAGCACCGAUACAUCAAACGGAUGGUGCUGUACCUAGUGCCUUGUCGAUCGAGGAAGAGCGCGAGAAGCAAAAGAAGCUUAUGCAAGAAAAGCGUGAAGCAGCAAUUCGACGCAGACAAGAGGAAGAAGCACGUGAGGAAGCCGAGAGAAGAGAAAGGAUCAGAAAGAAGAUGGAGGCUCUGGGAAUGCCUCUCGAAAAGACGCCAUCUCAAGAAAAGGCCGAGAAGGCCGAGAAGAAGGAGCUCGAGGUGCAAAAGCAAACAGAUGCACACAAACCUCCUACUACGAAUGCGUCACCAGUGAAGGCUCCUGCUGCCGAACCAGCUGCGCCAAUCGAGGAAACACCGCGCACAGAAACGCACGUGUCACCAGUCAAGCAACUUUCACCUCGCAAGGAGAAAACUGUCGAAUCCUCACUUCCAUUUGGACAGAACCAAUCAUCCAUCACUCGCUCUACACACAAGACUCUUUCUUCACCUCAGUUGCCUGGUCUUCAGCAACAUUCGCCGAAUGGUCCAACGCGCAGUCCUUAUCAGCAGUCGUCUUUACAAGGCAUGAACACAUCAUCCUUUUCGUCGCCCAGCGAUCAGAAGGCGCAACCUGCGCGCUUGCCAUCAAUUUCCAGCGGCGAUGCGUUCACGACCACGCCGUGGGGCAGCGCAAGCAUGACCUCUCACACUGCACCCGCUCUUUGGGGUCCUCCACCCAGCAAUAACAGACACAUCGGGAACGGUACUUUCGACGCAGGCUACUCGAGCAUCUCGCCCAGUUCGCGACCUCAAGCCCAGAAUGCGCCAUUCAAUGCGCCCUUCAACCGUCCCUAUCCUUCACGUGUCUCACCAAAGGCGUUUGGUCAGCCAGGAUCUGCGCAGUCUGAUCCCAUGAACCAGCAGUACGCCUCCCUGUCUACUAUUGACUCGCGUAUGCCGGAGCCCUCCGGUGCUUCGGCUCUCGCUGGCACAUCACCUCUACCUGAGCCCGCACGUCUGGCUUACCCAGCCCCCAUUGCUCCGCCACAGAAGAGCGCCUCUCGCCAGCAGCCUCUGCGUGAUACUUCGGCCUGGACCAAUUUCUCAGAUAAUGCUCAAGCAGCUAGAGACGAUGCACAGACACGCCUCCAGAACGAGAGAGGAAAGCCAUCCUCGCCCCAGCAAUCUCAUCAUACUCAUUCUAAUUGGACUGUCACCGAGACCUUCAGACAGACACGAGGCAGUGAGAACCGUUGGCUUGAAGACGAAACUCCUACCCGCACUGCAGCAAGGGUUCCUGGCCCUCACAGAGCUGGUGCAAUCGGUGCUGCACGCUUUGGCCCUCACAGGACUAACCAAAACGUGCCAGGUCCUCACAGAACGAAUCAAGUUGUGCCAGAACCUCAGUCGCCUAUUGACCAACAGUCGAUGCACCACCCUCCUCCCCUUAGCAGUGAUCAAUUGCACAUGCCGGGUGAAGGCAUAGUCCGUCUUCCUACCGGUCCUUCGAGCUUCUCAAGAUCCUUUGGCAGCCCUGGCGACGUUACCACUGGUGUGAGACUACCUCCUCUCGCUGCGUAUGCCAACAACAUUCAGCCUCCACCUUUGCCUGUGCAGCCUUCCACUCCGGGUGCUGCUCCACAGCAGUCGAGAUUCUUUCCCUCAGCUCUCUAUGGCGGAUCUCCUCCUCCUGAAGAGGCAGACCAUCCAGUCUUUGGUGGUAAUUCCAAACAUCCUCAUGUCAAUCUUCCCACCCCGAAGCCCAAGGUCAAGCUACCACCCGUCACUGCUACAGAUCGUGAGCAGCCUAGCCCGGUCGCCAUGCCCCGAAGCGUGCACUCAUACAGCGUUGGCGCAAGACCUCUCGUCCAAACAUCGGACUGGCAAGCCAGGUUUAACGGGCUCUUCGGUAAAGCUCAAGUCACGACCACGACUCCUCCUUCACCGCCAAAGACGCCACCAAAGGUGCAAGCUCCCGCUCCUGCCGUCGCAUCCGUCUCUAGGACAAGCUCGGAUUUCGUGAUUGCGCAGAGCGGAACAACUGUCUCGUUGCCUCGAUCGGCUUCUCCUCCAUCCACCUAUACCAAGAUUGUGUCCAAGCCUGGUGUUGACGAUAUCUUCGAUGGAGAACUUAGUUUCGGCUCCACUCCUAGAGUUUUCCUACCUCGUGGCGUUACUUAUCUUGAGCCUCCUGCCACCGUUGCCUCGCCUACAAGACCGAACUCGAGAUUCCACAAAUUUGUCGAUUCUCAGUCGAAACGCAUUUUCUUCUUCCAUGACAAUGCUACCCAUGACAUUACGGUCCAGAUCAAACUACCUUUGCCUUGGUUCGUUGCCAGACACGUAAUUCUGGAACGCAAGAACAAGGGAGCACCAAACCACAAGAACUCCAACAGACCAAACAACAAGAACAAGCGCAAUGCAUCGAACAAUGUCAAGGCGGACUUGCCUGACAUUACAACAACUUCUACCACCGAAGCCGCCAACAGCAAGCCUCAAGAAACGGCUUCACUGGGCGAGAAAGGCGUAAGAACUCCGUUGGCUGAGAAUACUGUUUCAGCCAACACCAACACUGAACACACCGGCCACAAGAAGAGUGCCUGGGCCAAAGUGCCCAAAGCGCCUCGUGGUCGCGGACGUGGUGGAUACAGAGCACAAGCCUGA